AUGCUAUUCAUUAAAUUAGUAGAGUGCCUGUACCAGUCAAGGACGUACUACGAGAGUGUGAAGCCAAGCAAUCCAUCAACAUACACAAGGAUCAUCAGGCGAUAUGGAACCAGUACGCAGCCGUUGGGAAAUACGAACUUGGCUGUUGCAAACAUGGACAAGAUCAAAGAUAAUGUGGCAGAAGGAAUAAAAAUUGAAAUAAGCAAAACAGUAAGCAGUGAUGAGUUGGUUGGUGAAUUGAAUAAAAUACAAGAAUCACCAAGUAAGGCAGGAAUGGAUAAAGCAUUGGAGGGAUUCUACAACGCGAGUCCAAAUUUGUACUCAAUCAUGUUUUACGAAUCAGGUUUAAGUGAUAAAGAAAGUUCAAAGAACAUUGUUCGAAAUCUGGUGAGUAAGUUGCAGCGGCCAUACACCUUGAAACAAUCAGGUGCAGAUAAAAGUGACCAGUUUAAAGCAAUGAAGGAGGCAAUAGAAUACUAUGACGCAAAUAAUGCAGUAUUGACUGUUUUACCCAAACAACAAACGAUAUUUCCUAUUGAAAAGUUAUAUCAAUUUCCAACUGGGUUUCUAAAGCGAUUGUACUUCAGCAUCAGAUGA